AUGGAGUCAAUAUCGCUUCCUUGGACGCUUCCUGAGCCAUUGCAGCAGGUGCAUUUGGCGCACUUUUCCAAUCUCGAUCCUGCAACCCAAUCGGCCGCCAUAAUUGAUCGCAUCAUUUCCGCAUCUCGGCUCCCAUCAGCAUCGCCAGAACAAGCGCAGCAGGCGGAUGAAGAACGUGUCAAGCUCGAUUUCGCCUUUCUCGAUCCGACAAAGCUGUGUAGCAAGCUGCAUCUGCUCAGCGCAGUCACCCAGGCAGCGGUAGUCUGCGCUAGGAGUUGGGAUGAUGACCGGCAGGUGUUCAGGGAGGGCGAGGCGAGCAUCGGUGGCAUGAAGUCCAAGACACCACAUUCAGAAGUCAUCUAUAUGCUUAACCCGGGUAAUAACGUCGGAGAAUCGCUCAAGCGUUUCGGCCUGUCCCCUACGUCUUCAUCGCUGCUUCUAGUCAAGUUCUCCUCCCCAACCGCAGAUAAGCAAGCCAUUCUACAAAGCAUGAUCGAUCUCGUCUCGCCAUCCAAUCUCACCUCUCCACCAACAGCCGAGGCUCACACACCAAUAGACAUUGACCAUGCCAUCCGAUAUGGAAGCUACCCGACCACACCUUCCACAACAGCACAAGUGACCGACUGGAAACAACUCAACAAGAUCUAUAAGCUUCAAAUACCGUCCACUCUCCUCAACAACAAGCAGGACAACCAGUGGUACGAAAAAUACCAAGAUAUCAUCUGCACCAGUGUCGCCAUGAAGCUAGUUGCUGCCUAA